AUUACCAUACUGAAGGUACAAAUGUAUACGUUAUCUCAUCAGUAGUACAGCUUUGGCCAGACCAAAACUAAAAUACCCAACAGAACGAAAGAGCCGGCUAAUAUUUCGUUGCUAGGCAUCAGAUUCUCCUAAGAAUCAUGGAGGAUACUUACACUUUCAUAUACGUGCCGAACCGAGAGUUCAAUACUUUUAAAAAGAAAGACGUAGCCGAACUGUUAAUGAAAUGGUCAAUGAAAGACAAUCUCAGAUUUCAGACCUACUGCUUCAAUCAGCCAUUUCAAACGUAUCGGAAAAAUGAUUUGAUAGAAGCAUUUCUUAAGGACCAGACUGUGAUAGCGUCAUUGGAUUGCUUCCAACAAUCUUGGAAGCCUCGCGUGCCUGCCUGCAAGUCAACUCCUCCUCCGUAUGGAAUUGCUGCAGAUACUGUUGAAAUUAAACAAGUUCCUUGUACUGUAACAUCAAUGUCAUUUUUUGAUCCUCUUCUUGUCAGUGAUAAUGGAAUUGUAAGAGGUGAUGGCUGGAUUUCAAAGUGCAUGAUUUAUUCUAUAGAUGGUUUCGAAAUAUAUGAUGAACUUGGAAAGGUACUUCUGGAUAGUGAAAGUGAAAAUUAUGAUAUAUUUUCUGAACAGGACCGGGAACAGUUUAUUUUCCAGAUCUUUAAGCAUCUCUGUCUUGGAGGAAAAUGGUGCCAAUAUGAAGAUAACAUAAAUCCCUACUUGGAAACAACGAAGUUAAUAUACAAAGAUCUGCUAAGGGUACAUAAAGACAGUACAAACAAGAAAUUAUAUAUAUCAUCUUUAGUAUUCAGAGUAGUUGCAAGAGACAAAAAUGGUAUUGCUUAUUUUCCGUUCAAUCCUGACAACAUCCAGAAUUUUGCAUACUUGAUAAUCGACCCACCAGAAAGAAAGAUAACUACUGUCACACAUAAUUAUGGUGGAAAUUUCAGUUCUUAACAAGACAUAUUAUUUAAACAGCUGACUAAGGUACAUGCUACCUUUUCAACCUAAUGGUGGUAAAUGGUGAAAAAAUGUCCAAGUAUAUCCCAUAUAACUGAUUCAGCAACUAUGCAGCUUUCAUAGCUAUGAAUUAGUAAUUGGAUGACCUUAUAUCAGAGCAAACCAAGUACAAAUUAUACUUUUUAAAGGUAUAAAGCUUUAAAACAAAACCCGAUAAAUAAAAACAGUUUGUAAACUCACUCAUAGCAUAUGUUCAAUAUUAUUGAUUAGCAUUUCAUACAUCAGACACCUGUGACAGGCUACAAUUGUUCAUCACAAAUAAGUGGAAUAAAAAAACAGAACUAUCAUUCACAAAUUUUUUAUUUAGCAAUGGUAUUAUAUUAUUAUAAAUUGAUUUCAUAGUAUUCCAUAUCCUUGGAGUAUGUGUAAC